AACUCUCUUAGGACUAACAGUGCCUAGGGAGGUGUGUUAUAGUUUAUUUCAGAUCUGAUGAUGGAUCACUUGAAUUGUAUUGUAGACAUUUCUUUUUUGUAAAUGCCUCUAUUUUCUUAGAACAAUUAAUGUUGCAUAUCCUAGACCCUUGAUGCUAGUUUCAAUCUUGGUUGGUGCUAUUAUGACAUUAGAAGAAUCACUUUACCUUUCUGGUGUUGGUUAAAUGAAAAUAGUUAUAUGCUCCAUGCAGUGCUCCAAUCCUGAGUUCAAGAAGAGGCAUCAUAGAAGAAGGGUUAUGCUGAAGCCUGUUGUAGAUUCGAUUAUGAAAAGGCUGAUGCCUGCAGGAAAGGUAUGUUCUGAGAUUACUUUCUGGAAGUUGGAACCCUUUUCCUAACUUCAAGUACCUAAUUUAUUUUUUCUUUCUUUCCAUUCUAAAUAAAUUGGAGGAGGCAACAAAGCAAGACAUUCUAAGGGGAUUUUUCUACAAUCUGGAAGAGGAAAAAGUUAUAAUUUGUGGAGAUAUUGCGAAGCUUGUAGCAGAGUUGUGCUUGAAAUGCAAAUAACAAAUUCAAUACAAAUCAGUCUUAUAGACACCUCCUCAAAGCAUGCUCUUCUGCAAGAGUUUCCUCUGCAAGGCUGAGUUAGUUAAAAAAAGAAAUUGGAGGGGCGUACAGAACAGCACAUUCAAAUUGGAUUUUUCUUGAAACUGGAAGAGGAAAGGCUAUAAUCUGCGGAGAUAUUACCAAGCUUGUACUAGAUUGUGCUUCAAAUGCAAAUGACAAAUGUAAUACAGUUUAGUCCUCUAGAUACCUUGCAUGCCCUUCUGCAAAAGUUUCUAAUUUGAAUUGCAAGUUUUUAUCAACUUGGCUGAGUCAAACAAAAAAGAAGCCCAAGUGUCAGAGGGUUACCUUCUGCCAUGAGAAGCUUGAGCCUCCUUCAAAUGAAAAAAGUUUGAUUGCUGCAGCUUAGAAGGUUGCUAUCCCAGUCUCCCAACAUUUUGAGAUUUGAUCAGCGUGUCCUCUAUACCAAAUUUUCCUCUUGGAGAGGGUAACUGAAUUUUCUCCUACAUUCACUUGUGACCUUAUGACCUCUGCUUUUAUGCUUUGAAAGAGACAAAGAUUAGUUGAUCUGCCAUUUCACUUUUGUAUUCUAAGUAUGGCAGCCGCACAUAUUGUAUUCCAGUUCACAAGUUUCUACUUUGUUGAUCAAUGUGAGAUUUCUCACUUAACAAUAAGGGAGCACAACAUUGAGCAAGAAAGCUCAUUUGUGUCCUAUCAGAAUCAUUUAUUUAGGAACUUGAAGAUUUUGGCAUUUUAAAGCUGUAUUUAAUUGGCAUUUGAGCUUGAUGGUAACUUUUUUGCUCCGGUUUAAAUUUUUUGCAAACAUUGCAGAGGAGGGUGUCAGACUUACUGUAACACCAGCCUCUAAUCUCCAUGGAAGAUGUAUCUGUCAGUGGAGGCUCUUUUUUACCCGCUGCAUUCAUGUUGCUUCUAGAAAAGUUAGAUUCCAGUGAAUUGCUGAUCUUGAAAAAGAAAUUAGUUGCUGAGCUGCGAAAUUGGAAGGCUCUUUUGCCAAAAAUCAUGGCUUUACUUGAAGAUGCAAAAGAGAAGCAAGUAACUGACCGGGCCGUGAGGUUAUGGCUUGCUGACCUCAAUGGCUUGGUUCAUGAGAGGUUAUGGCUUUACUACCAGAUUGCAACAUUUUGAAACUGCAACAAGAGCAGUAGGGUUGAUCAGUCUCAUGAGGGUCGAAGAUGGCAAAAAAUCCAAAAAAGAAGCUUCAAGAAGACCACUUACUUCUUCUCAACCUGUAGUGUAGGUUUGAAUUGAAAGCAUGGGUCUGUGUUUCUAACGAUUUUGAUGUUCUCUAGAUAACAAGAACCAUUUUACAGCAAGGAACAAAAGAAAGGGGUGAUUUUCUU